CUGCACAACCAUUUUCAGGUAAAAGACUUCCUACACAUCAAAGAGAAGUUCAACAACGAAUGGUGGAUCGGUCGACUAGUCAAAGAGGGCGGCGAAGUGGGCUUCAUCCCGUCGCCGGCCAAACUAGAGGCUCUGCGGACACUGAGCGGAAACAAGCUUGCAAGUAAAUGCAGUACCGCGAAUCUUGAAGGAGGCGGCCUCAGGACGGCCAACUCUCGAGCGUCCACUCCUCCUGGUAGGCGACCUUUUUAA